AUGGCUCGACGGUACGACAGCAGCACCACCACCUUCUCCCCCGAGGGGAGAUUGCAUCAGGUUGAGUAUGCGAUAGAGGCGAUCAACAACGCCGGAACGUGCGUGGGUAUCUUGGCGAAGGAUGGCAUCAUCAUGGCGGCGGAGCGGAAGGUCGUGUCCAAGCUCCUCGCGCCCUCCAAAACAUCAGAGAAGACGUACCGGCUGUACGAAAACGCCUCUUGCGUGGUAGCGGGCCUCACGGCGGAUGCGAACCUCCUCGUCAACCACGCAAGGGUGUCGGCACAGCGGUACCUUUACCAAUAUGGGGAGCAGAUGCCGUUGGAGCAGUUGGUCAAGGAGGUCUGCAACUACAAGCAGGCUUACACACAAUUCGGGGGACUGCGGCCGUUCGGCGUCUCCUUCCUCUUUACGGGAUGGGACGAGCACCACGGGUUCCAGCUCUACCACAGCGACCCGAGUGGCAACUACGGGGGUUGGAAGGCAACGGCCAUCGGGGCCAACAACCAGGCCGGCAAGGCGUUGCUCAAGACCGACUACGUGGAGGAGUCGAGCGUGGACGAGUGCCUCAAGCUGGCCGUGAAGGUGCUCAACAAGACCAUGGACAGCACAACCCCGUCCCCGGAGAAGAUGGAGUUUACCACCAUCACACGCGUCAACGGAAAGAUCGUACACAAGAUCCUCACUGACGAAGAGUCGGACAAGAUCCUCAAGGAGGUGGCAGCAGAAACCGCCACGCAGGGAGACGUGUAG